ACAACAAAAACCGGCAACCAAGUGUUGAAAUGUCAAAACGAAAUCAAACGCUCAUUCACACACUCUCGCUUCAAUAGAAUUGUCGGAAUUCCUUUGCGGCAAUUGAAAUAUUUCCGUAUACUGUAAGCUUCUCCAUUUUUCCGACCGACCGCGGUCCUGAAGAUUCACCGCACAUGGAGUGGUACGAAGUGGAGUUGGACCGCAAGCGGACGGUGGCGCUCACUGGCGCUCGAUGGGAUUCAGUGCGGGGCAUUCCCACAGGGGAAGAUACGCCAGACGACUAUCUGGGCGGCAUCAUACAAGACGGUGAGUUGGGCUGGGUCACCAGCCGGAAUACUAGCGAGGCCACUCUGUUGGUGCACCGCCUCGCCGGCGGGCAGCGCAUGGCGCGCCACACCUUUUGGAGGAAGUCUGGCAAUAAGAACGAUGACCUGAACUGCAGCAUUAGCUGCGUCGAGGAGAUCUUCACAGACCAGCCGGACCCUCCGAUAAUCCUCGCCGUCUGCUUAGAGUCGUGGAAUGGCGAAGAGCGAGGUCCUCACAUCGACCAGGUCCGGUCGCAGGUGCACCUCUAUAGCCUGACCUACUACCAGGUGCUGCGUGUCCUCGACAUAGGUGGUCUAUUGUGCCAGUCUCUCGCUUAUCUUGAUCAGCGCCUCUGUAGCGCCACGCAGCUGGCUUGUUUCGACGGCUGCCUGGCUGUGGGCACCUUUGAGGGCCUAGUCCUGCUAAUCGAUCUGAACUACGAGCACUUGCUAGCGAACAGACCCGAUCUCACCUUCAAUCCCGGCCUCCAGCCUCCUCAAAGUGAGCUUCACCGCAUCCCGGGCAAUAAGUAUAUGCGCAGUAUCGAAGACCUGUUGGAGGAAUGUCGCUCCAAUGACGUGCACUUGAGCUUGGAGCUGGAUGUGGCACGCAUUGGUAUUCGCUGCUUGGUGGGCCUUGGAGUUGCCCCCGGCUUCGCCGCUGGACUGGAUGAUGGCCGCAUCCUGAUCUACGACUUGAUUAACUUCCAAUUGACUACAACGCUGCGUACGCCGAGGAAAUCCGAUGAGCUCGGUGCCGUGGAACGGCUGUGUGCCAUUGUGCCUCCGGACGACCCCAAGCCAUGCUUCUACAUCUGUGCCAUGUACAAGACCCCCGAUCGCCUCAGCAUGCUGCUGCACUCGGUCAACUACUCGUCCAUGAAGCAAGUCGGCGACGGGUACCACUUCCAGCAAUUCUAUGCAUGCUCGGUGCGCAAUCAGCAGGUCCUUGAUAUUGGCAGCUGCACCGUGACGGGCUGCAGCACGGCUUCCACGUUCAGCUUUGCCGGCGAUAACGGCACCUUGUUAGCCAUCCUAUCCUGGCGCUCGGACACUGAGCGCAAGAACAAGCUCGUCUUGUUCGACAUGAACCAGUGGUACAAGGAUGAGAUGCCGGAAGGCAUUCGGGGAUACGAUAAGCCUAAUUACCUCGCCGGCUAUAUACUUAAGGGCUUGCCCACAGGCCUGGCCCUGCUAUUGCGGCCCACCAGCAUCCUUCACUUUGUUGCGCUGCAGCGCUACGAGGAGCAUUUCUAUCCCAAUUCCCUGACCUUCGAUUGCACACUUCUGACGACAACCGCCUCUCAAUACUACGCCCACGAUGGGGUACACCGUCGCUUCCUAGAAGCUCUUCGCAAAGAACGGGCUACACUGUUCCUUCGCCCACAGCCCUGUCACGCAAACAUCGUACGCCUGCGGCUCCUGCCGCAGUUUUGCGAGCUGAACGUUGACGCCACAUUCUCCAAGAGUGCCAUGUACGAGGUCAUCCUGUCGGUGGCCUUAGAACACAACUGCACCGCCCUGCUGGAGGACUGUGCCAGCAGCUGGCUGGACGGCAGCUUCUUGUGCAACAUGCUGGACCCAACCGAGCUUUCUCUCUCCACCCUGACCAACUGGAUAUUGCGGCGUGCUGGUCAUAUCAAAAAGCGGAUUUCGGAACUCUGCCAGGGCGUCUUCGACUAUGGCGGAUACUCGUUAGACGAGCGUGAGCGGCGCGAGUUUGUGGCACUUUCCGGACAGAUGUCCGAGUUGGUACGACUGCAGUCGCAUGUCCUUACGCUCGGCCGACGUAGUCUGACGUCCGAACUCCUGCAAACCCUGAAGAGCAACGAGCGUGCUUUGCAGACUGUGAACGAGUACCAGAAGGUGCUCUACUGGUUCAUCGAUGAGGGCCUUCUGCCAGAGGGGCAGCACGAACCACAUGGCGGGGAGCAACAGCAGCAGCCUCUGGUUGCACUGCGACGUUCUUACGCGGAGAGGCGCACAAAGCGAAGGCGACUCUAUAUCGAUUCACUGACGAAGGAGACGAACAUGGUCGAAGCUUAUCCGCCGGACUCGCUGCACGCCCUUCUUCACGUAAUGCUCGAUCCGGACACGGAUCUAGAGUGUAAGCACAAAUUGCUUCUGUAUAUGUUGCUGGAUCUAGACCAGGAGCUUGCCAAGACCUUUCCGAAGGACUUUCAUAUGCACGAACCGAAUGCCAGGAUGGUGAAUUGCUUCUGGUGGCUGGAUCGUGGCGACUACAAGAAAUCAUUGGCGGCGUUAUACGACAAUCAUACCACUUCACCCAGAGACUUUUUGGCGUGGGAGACUGGAUUGCUGGUGGAAUCCCUGCUGGAGGCCGGAGAUAAUAAAGCAGCAAUGCGCGUUGUGAGCCGACCGCCCGGUGCGAUGAAAAAGACCUUGCAUUUGGAAGUUCUCCUGGUGAACAAUUGUGUGCCCGAGGCCUUUGACUACGCUCGGACCUCACUGGACGAGAAGGGGAAAUGUCUGGUGGAGCACUUCUUCCGCCACUGCAUUGAGAACAGGCGUUUCAAGGUGCUCGCCGAACUCUGCCUGACCGAUGAGGAGGAGCAGAUGGUUAACCGUCUGCUGCAGGAGAAUCCCUCACCCGAUACGGAGAGGGUGCAACUAAUUCUGCUUCUGCUAAAGAGCAAAUAUAUUGAGGCCGCCAAUUUCAUGGACGAUGUGGCCGCCCAGCGCCAGCGUGCUAAUGAUGAUGCCUCCAGCAUUAUGGCAGCGUACCGAUCGACGAUGACGCCAGUGACACAGAAUAUAGCCGGCACCUAUUUCCGCAUUCGCGGCAAAAUGGACGAUGACUUGGCCGAUGGCCCGAAUGCCGAGCACCGUCUGCCCCUCAGCUGGCAGCUGGCCAGGCAGAAUGUCAGGGGUCAGCUGGGUGGCAUCUUUCAAAGUUGCGCCAUGAGUGCCCUGUGGGCCGAAAACAGCGAAAUGUGUGACGACAGUCUGCCGCAUCCGAUGCGGAUCAACGGCAACAUUCCUUUUCUGCGGACCGAACGGUACGGCUUUGCGAAACCGCCGCAGCCCCUCCGGGUGGUGGUUCCUGUGCUCCACAAGGUAGUGGAAAAGCGUCAACGCGAGCAGGAGGAGCGCGAUAGGGAAGCGACGAACAUUGUGCAGCCGCGCAAGCGUCGUCGACUGCAGGCCGAGGAGUUGAUGGAUAAUAUUCGCAGCCAAGUGAACAACCUGCGGAGUCAGCAGCCGGAACAAGAGCGAAGUCAGUACCAGGCUAGCGAUCUGGUGGAGCCGCCGGCCUUCCUUCAGCCACGCAAGCAGCCAACGCUGACAAAUCCCAAUACUUGUUCAUCCGUGAAGAUGCCCACUAUCUUGAAGCGGCGCCCCGUUGUGGAGGCAGUGGUUGCUGGUACUCCGCCCUCGGCCACAUCUACGUCACUGUCGCAGCCCAAGUGCUUCCGCUUCCAGCCGCCCACUCCGCUUUAUAUGGACAGCAACUCGCAGAUGGAGAGCGGUGGUGAGGAUGCAAUCGAUGAAAACGAGGGAACGGAAGAGGCAGAGGAGGAGGAGGAGACUGACGAGAUCAUUAUGGAGAUCGAGUCGCACAGCGAGCCACGUAGUGCCUACAGUGCCGAGUCCGACGAGGAGGAGGUUUUCCUUUCGCCGCUUCCCACCACUACGGUGUCCCGUGUGAGCCAUCUAAGCAGCGCGGCGGAGCCAGCAAAGACGAAGCUAUCCCCACCAUUAAUGGCACCGCCCGCUGGACCACAGCCACGCGGCUCACUGCUCCAGGGCAGUACUGGGAUUGGGAGCGUCACCGGAAGCGAGAGUAGCAGUGGCUUCGGUAGCUUUGCCACGGUCCAGCCAGCACAGACGACGUCGCACUCGCAGUUCGUGCCCACCGUGUGCUCGUCGAAGAUGUACGAGACGCAGUCGCAGGUCCUCUCAACUGGCAGCUCCAUGGCCAAGAUCUCCGAGCGGACCACCAUUUGCGGCGACAUGGAGUCCACUGAUCUAGUAACCUCCAUGGUUGUAACAAACAGUUCACUAUGGUCCAUGCCGACGGCGCGGCUGAGCGGUCAGACACGACGGAUGCUAGACACCACGCUGGACAUGUCCACCUACGACGCAACUUCGUUGGAGCAACGCGGCGAACUGGAUCAGGAUGAGGAGGACCUUUCUGAUAAGCUGACAGAAAGGUUAAGACAAGAGGAAGGAGAGGAGGAGGAGGAUGAGGAAGAAAAGCAGCAAAAGGCACAGUCCCAGAUCCAGAAGCCUCCAUCACCGCCCAUACGCAGCUCAAGCAGCGGAUCCUCCUCAAAGCACGGCGAACUGGAUCAGGAUCAGGAUGAUCUUACUGAGCUGGCACAGUCACACGUCCAGAAGUCUUCAACAUCCCCCAUACGCAGCUCAAGCAGCGGAACCUCCUCGAAGCUAUCCUUCCCAGAGAUGCAAGAUGCCAAGACGGUGUCACCCACCGAUGAAGAAUCAGAAAACGAUGUAGUGCUAAAUCCCUUUUUUAGGCAAAGCGUUCAAGAGCCGCCGUCAGGGUCGGGAUUGGGAAACUCAUCAAAACGCAGCACGACCUGCUCCGAAAGAGAACUGGUGUCCUCCAACGAUGAGGAAUCAAAACCGAGCGAGAAACCGGAGGAACAGGAAGAUAGUAAUGAGGAGCGUCUGGAGCCACAGGAUGAAGUAGAGGUGACAGCGCGCUCAGAGCCAGGCUACCAGCAAAUGACGUACUUCGGGGCCGCCCCUCAGGCAUCCGUCCAGGGGCCUGAGCCAUCGCCCACACGCAGCUCGAGCAGCGGACACUCUGAACUAUCCCCGCCAGAGAUGCGCCAACAACGGCCAGAGGUCGAACUAGUGUCCUCCAACGAUGAGGAAUCAACCGGUUCCAUUACUACGUCACGUUCGGUAACGCACACGCCGGAGGGCACAUUCCUGCCGAGCGAUACCAAUGUAUCGCAGACAUCAAGUCCCCGUGCCUCGCGUGAUCCUGGCGGAGAUGGAUCACCGCGCUCCCUGUACCGGGCCAAUAGCCUGGAGACUGUAGACGACCUGGACACCACAAAGGGCUCGCUAGAGGAGGAGGAAGAGGACGACGAAGACGACUGUGUAAUUGCAUUGGACGGAACUGAAGUGCGCGGCUACGUUGCUCGUCCGCAGCAGGCAACGGCCUGCAGCAGCGCCGAGCUCUUUGCCUUCAAGGACGAGUGCGCGGAUGAGGCGGCCCCGGGCCCGUGUCCGUCGCUCUCACUCGGCGCCACUGUUAAUAGUGAUUCUGUGGUGGCCGAUAUCAUUGAGCUGGACAGCGAUGAGGAGAAUGAGCAGCAGCCGCAGUCGCAAUUGCUGGAGCAGCAGCAGCAGCAGGAGGAAAUUCUGAUAGCAGAUGAUCCAAUGACUGGCGUAGAUCAUGGUCUUAAAGAUGAAGUAGUAGAAUCAGAAAUGGAGCAUAAGGAACAGCAUGAAGAACAAGCAACAGCCGAACACAACAUCAGUCCAGCCCAGGACGAGGACUCUCGUCAGAGCCUCACACUGGCCUUCUCCGAGGAGGAGGCGGACGAAGAGGUGGCAGCGGUUACAUCAGAGAGCAUACCACGCCGCUCGCUGCGUCCACGCCGCAACUCUGCGGAACCCCACCAGGACAGUCCUAUCGUUCGCAGAAUGCGUCUGCGUAGCGACGACAGCGGAGGAGCGCCUGCCGCAACCACGCCCAAGCGACGCACCGUGAAGCACAAGGCUCUGCUCGAGGUUAUCGACGAACAGGUUUCCUUGAACUCAUCGGCACGCACCCGCUCGCGCUCCCGCCUCAGCACAGUGGACACGGAUCCAGACACGCCCACAAUAGAGCUCUCAAACAGCAGGCGUGCCACCUCGCUGGCCCCCCUAUCCGUCGAAAGUCAAAGGCCCCGCCGUUCCUUGCGCGGGAACAGUGAGCCCCCGAUUACCCCCUUGCGUUCCACUCGCGGCUACAGCAAGUCGCCAACACAGACACCCACGAAGCCCACGGUUGAGCCGAAGGCCGUGCGCACACUAAAGACGCGCUCGCGCAAGAAUAGCUCUGAUAUAUCACCGGGUGUGUCUCCGAGCCCGUCCGAGUCCGAGCAGCCUCGUCUUCGUCGCACCGUCAGACGCCAGACCUCCGAACUGAGCGAAACCGGCUCCAUCACUUCACUCAACCAAACCCGUGAAUUGCGUUCGCGCCAACGUCCUGCCUCAACCGAGCCCAAUGCCCGGCCACUUUCACGAACUUCGGAGAGAGUGUCACGUACGCCCACACCCAAUGAGGGUAGCAACGAGGCCCAUGUACCGCCAAAGAAGCGCGGACGACCCAAGAAGUAGCAGAAGCUGUAAUGAAUACUAGUUCACUUUUAUGUUUAUUUUGUUCCAAAUUGAAUUGAGCCGUUUGAGUUAUGAGUUCUUAAAAAAAAUCGUUAAUUGAAAUGAAAACUUCUGGACAUUA